AUGCCUACAGUAGGCAUAGAUAUAAGACAAAAGCCUCCUGAUAAUAGACAAGAAACCACAUAUCCUCCUGGAAGUGGAUUUGUUAAAGUAACUGGAGAAGAAAAUCCUGAAAGCUCUGGUUUCUGGAAGUUUACACAUGGACCACCCAGUGGAGUAGGAUCUUUCAAGGUUAAGAAGGUAGAAUAUGGAGAUGCUCAGGAAAUAACGGUUGAUUUGGGAAUUACCCCUGGUGAUAAUAUCCAGCAUCUUGCGGACGGGAACUUCAUUUAUAGCUAUAACAAGGGAGGUAAUAGCUGGCAACCACUUUCUGGAAAUCCUCGAAACAAUCCACUCACCGGUAAGACACUUGAGACUCAACUUGAUGGUCUUAACUGCAAACUUAACGAUGCUGUCACCAUAAAUCCCACCUUUCAAAAUUCUGAGGUACAUAAAAAUAAUGAGUCAUACUGUUGUGCAUACCAUAAUCCUACCGGUAAUAGCGGGAGGGUCUCCGUUACUAUUAAGAAAGUUUCUUGUAAACAAAACCAUCGCAGUGCCGAUUACUAUAGGCAUAAGAUUAAUACUGUCAAUGGAUUGAGGGUAGCAGCUAUCAAGUAUGAUCCUACUGGUGGGUCUACUAGGAAUAGAAUAAAUUUGAAUGGACAGCCGAUGUCUAGCGUAGAAACUAUAUACGUAUUAUACUGUAGUCGUAAUCCAAAACUGAUAUACGUUGAUGGAGGUGCAGCCACAGGCUGGUAUAAGAAGCCUAUUGGUAAUGACAAAGUUGAACAGUGGACAGAAACUUUGCCUGACCUCAAAGGUGUAACACCGGAAGAUAUUAUUGAAUGCACCAACUGGUCCAAGCUUAAAGACGCACUAAAAGAGGCUAAAUGUGGAAACUUUGGAACAUGUCCUCCACCUCCCCCUCAACAACCUCGAACCCCUCCUGGACCUGCUGCUAGUCCAAGUGGAACUGUAGUAGACCCUACUGUAAGUUUACUUGGUACAUUACUUAGAGGAGCACUUUCUGGACUCGGUAAAGUUGCUAGUAAUAAACAACUACUAGAAAACUUGGUUGAUUUUGGAAAAUCAGGGUCUGAUUUCGUCAGCAAAACUGGUAUAGAUACUAUAGGGGCAGCUCUUGCUAGUAAACUUGGUAUAGAGGCUCUAAGGACAAUUCUUGGACCUCCUCAUCAACAUUCUGGCCCAUCUUACCAAGAUACUGCUUCUACUCCUGAUCCUGCUCCUCCUACUUCUCAAGCUUUUACUGGUGCUGAACCUUUUGCUUUCGCUACUCUUGGAUAUGCCUUAUCGGGUACUCUUGCCGGAUCCGCUGCAGCAUUUUUUGGAGGAUGGAAAGUCUAUAGUCGCUAUAAAGGAGACCCUUUGGUACUAUUGAGGAUCACUUCCAGUAAAUGGGUGCCUAAUCGUCUCUUCUCCAUCAUGGUCAGUUUGUAA